CCUAAUCUUAUUUUGUGUUUUCCUCAGUGUUCAGAUGCUUACGUGAUCAAAGCUCUAAUUGAGCAGUUGCGGAGACCGCCGACAAAAGUGGCACUAUUAGGUCCCGGAUGUUCGAUCUCGGCAAUGCCAGUGGCAGCCGCGUCACAUUUUUGGAACUUGAUACAGGUGGGGUUUAGUGCUGCAUCACCACGUUUGUCGGACAAAAUUCGCUACCCUUUGUUCUUCCGAAUUAACGCUCCUGAGACCAUCCUAAACAAGGCUAUCGUCACACUGCUGCGAAGAUUCGGCUGGAAACAAAUUGCCAUUGUUAAACAAGACGAGGAUCUCUUCAAUGACGUUGAGGUACCACGCGGAUCGCCCUGGGGACGAGAGUCACUAGAAUUUUGCCCGAAUGCUGACAUCAUCUGGAUAGACGGCGUGGAAAAGACGAAAACUGAAGAGUUCUUUAGCAAGCUCCGAAAAAACAUCCGAAGUAGUAAAAAAAGUUUUGGAGGGUUUCAUUGCAACUGAUGAAAAUUUGCUGAAAGUUUCUGUGAUUUCUUUAAUUGCCAGUGUGAUUGUGAUUUCUUUGUGUUGCUGCCACACAACAAAAAAUACUACCCCUUGGUUACUGAUGUUCUAAACUCAAAAGCUCUGCCUUUACAGAUAACUUCACCGUUUUUUUCUGUGGUUCUUGGUAGGCUCAUGAACAUCUGCAGACAAUACUUGAGCAACAAGGAAUCUCUGUGAUUGUUACAAACAGCUUUGUGAAGGAUCCGGAUAUUGUCAUAGCCAUAGUUAGUAGUUCCCCUCCACUAACUAUGGUAAGAAUGACGGCAUAAAAUCUGCACCAUCACAGGCUAAUGGAAAUAUGGCUUCGAAAAUUACAGCUCACAUUUCUUUGGAAUUUUGCAUAACUUUCGUCGCAAGAUCAAAUUCUUUUACAAACU